AUGUCGUCAAACGAGCUCGCGCCCAGCUUCGCGCCAUUCUUUGGCAUGAGCGGAAUCGCGUUUGCUAUGAUCUUUGGAUGCGCGGGAGCUGCCUAUGGCACAGCCAAAGCAGGUAUCGGCAUCGCGGGUAUCGGAACAUACAGGCCAGACCUGAUUAUGAAGUCGCUCAUCCCUAUCGUCAUGUCCGGUAUCUUGGCCGUCUACGCCCUCGUCAUAUCCGUCCUCAUCGCCAGCGACAUCAAGCCGCCGCCGAAUAACACAUACUCGCUGUAUGCAGGAUUCAUGCACAUGGCUGCUGGACUGUCAGUCGGGUUGUCUGGGUUGGCUGCAGGUUAUGCGAUUGGAAUUGUAGGAGACGCUGGCGUGCGCUCUUUCAUGCGGCAAUCGAGGAUCUUUGUCGGCAUGGUCCUCAUCCUUAUUUUCGCCGAAGUCCUGGGUCUCUAUGGACUCAUCGUCGCCCUUAUCCUCAACACCCGAGCAAGUGGCUGA